UAGUGUUGGGCUCCUCCUAGACCUGUGUAAAUUGUGACCCCUGUAUGGCAGCUGCUUGGGGAACCUUUAUGAGAGCCCCGUGUCCUAAUGAGGCAGGCUCAUAGCAGCCUUCUCAGCCCCGCCCUGCCAGACCUGUUCUCUGUUUCACCACCUCCAUUCCCCAAGGCCACCCAGCACCAGCCACAGCCUGCUUGCCUGCCUACCUGGCAGUCUCAACUGUCAGGGCUCUCGGUAAAGAUCUGGGGAAGCACGGGCCAUGGAUGCCACCACAGGGGCUGUGCUCUACCACAAGCUGCAACUCUGGGAGCCUGGCAUGGAGUCAGAGGAGGAGGAAGAAGAGGAAGAAAUAGCAGAACCACUAGUCCUUUCCCUAAGGAGACUCCAAAAUACCCCCGGGAACAAGGUUGGUGGGUUGCCAGGAGCCUGGACCCGCCUGCUGGCAGGCCUGCUGCUGCUGGCUGUUAGCAGCUCCCUGGCUCUGAGGCAGCUGCAAGGUAGGAACAGCCCAAAAGGAAACUUGGGCCCUGUGGACCUUCCAGCCAGCAGACACUCCCAUCACCCUGGUGUGUACCACCACAGCGCUGUCAUCAGCCCUGCAGCCACAUGUUCCCAACUGGGCCAAGAGCUGCUUGUCGCUGGGGGCAAUGUCGUGGAUGCUGGAGUUGGAGCAGCUUUGUGUCUGGCGGUGGUGCAUCCUCAUGCAACAGGGCUAGGUGCCACAUUCUGGGGUCUCUUCUACAAUGGCUCCUCAGGAAACUCAACUGCCCUGACAGCAGGCCCAGCCCAAAUCCUGGCCCCUGGCCUGGGACUGCCCACAGCUCUGCCUGCCCUGCAUUUGCUUCAUACCCACUUCGGCCGCCUGCCCUGGUCACACCUGCUGGCCAAGCCUGCCAUGCUGGCUCAAAAGGGCUUUGAGGUAGAUGCUCCCCUGGCAAGCGCACUAGCAGCCCAGGGUACAGAGGGGCUCUGUCCACUGUUCUGCCAUACCAACGGAACCCCACUGGGUCUUGGAGCUCAAGUCACCAACCCCAGCCUGGCAGCCGUGUUGCUCCGUGAAGCCCUGGCCUCCAGCCCAGAUCUUGUUGGGAAUGCCUUGCUGAACCUGCUGGUCAGAGACCUGGGGUUAGAGUUGCCCUCUGUGCAGCCCAAGCCUUCCUUAGAGCCUGCACUGCAGCUUCCUCUGCCUCAGGGUGUGCUGUUCACUACUCCUGGCCCCUCAGCAGGCCCAGAACUUAUGGGACUGCUGGAGUCUACUCUUCACUCCAAGACACCCAGCCCUGCUUCCUGCUCAUCACCCCUGCAGACUGCUGAAACCCCAGUGAGCAGUGCCCUGGCCACUGUGGACAGCCAUGGCUCCAUGCUCCUUCUAACCUCCUCACUCAACAGCUCCUUUGGCUCUGGACAUCUGUCCCCAAGUACUGGCGUUCUUCUCAGCAACCUGGAAGCCAGCUCUGUACCUAGUACCUGGGCCUGUCCACUCAUUCUCCGUGGCAACCUAGAUGACACAGAAGACGAUAUGUUGGGGCUGGUGGCUUCAGGGAUCCCCAGAGGGGCCAAAGCCAUGGCUUGCACCUUGUUCAAUCAUCUGACAACACCCCAAACCCAACAGCAGGUCCAACAUCAAGCCCAACAAAGACCCACAGAAAGCCCUGGCAUUUGUGGCCAAGAGGCUCUACUGCAGGUAGUAGUCCAUGCAGAACACGCCCAGGUCUCCAGCAUCCCUAGUGGCUGCUGCCCCUUUCAGGGGUAUUAACAGAGGCGCAGAGGUGUCUGGAACCUAAGAGCCGGACAGAGAAGGCCUGGCAGCAAUGAAUGUAUGAAGAGAAUGUAUCUGUGAUGUGUUUGCUGCUCCAACAACCCUGCAUCCUGUUAUGCUACCUGGUUCUAGCUCUGGCAUCCAGGGCUGGUCCAACCACGUUUCCUGGUACCCUCGCUGAUGGAAUUUCUGGCUUUUUUUUUUUUUAAAAAAUCAAAUAAAGACUUAGAGGGUGAUGAAAAAGAGCUUGAGUGCAACUCACCUUCAGGAAAGUCCAGAGGAAGUCACCACUCCCUACCUAGUCUUUGGGCAGGGUAGUCAGCUCCAUCUUCCACUGGGCCAUUCCCUGCUGAUCUCUAUCAAUUGGACUGGAAGCUAAUAAAACUCAAAUAUCCCGGGACAACGUGCCUCCCGUGCUCUUUGGUUAACUUUCCUGUUACCCUUUGCAGCACAGAUGAUGAACACCAAACAUAGGGGGAGGAGCCUGGCCUGGUCUCUUUCAGCUUUCCCUGCUCCAGCCACCUUCUGCUUUCUGGGGUUCCGCCUGUGCAAGGUAAAUCUCUUAGUGUCAACGUGUAGAGCAGACGGCAGAGCAGAGGAGGGACAAUGAGUAGGAGAUGUCUCUGGGUACAGAAGGGCUGGAACUGGGCUGGCCCUGACCUUAUCUGAGGUCUCUUGAGUACAACCCUUUAGAAAUAGUUCCUCGGGCCAAGGGCAAGAACAUCCAGUAGCAAUUCUCCUACCGGACAAAGAAAAAGGUAAUUCUGAUUUAAGGUUUUGAGGGUUUGAUUUUUUUUUCAAUUAAAAAAGGCUUUCAUCUUG